CGGACACACGCAACACAGCUACCCCUUCACCUCGGCGACAAUUGACGACACCAGCAAGCAAGAUGAGUAAGAUGGCUAUAAGGAAUAUGUCCUUAAAGGUGGGACAGACCCUGACCAUUGUUGGAGUCCCCAAGCCUGAUGCUACCAACUUUGCAGUGAACAUCGGCCCUAAUGAGGAGGAUAUUGCCUUUCACCUCAAUCCUCGCUUCAAUGCCCAUGGAGACGAGAGGGCUGUGGUGUGCAACUCCUUCCAGGGAGGCAACUGGUGUGAGGAGCACCGUGAGGGAGGCUUUCCAUUCAACCAGGGAGAGGAGUUCAAGAUCAUCAUCUCGCUCUCGCCUGAGCAGUUCCUGGUGACUUUGUCAGAUGGCUCGGAGAUACACUUCCCCAACCGCAUGGGUGCAGAAAAAUACCAGCACAUGAACUUUGAUGGGGAUGUGCGCAUCAAGAGCGUCGAAAUCAAGUAGACACCCAUCCUGCCUGGAGUCAUUAGGCUGAAUGCUUGUGUUUUUGCCCCGCAAUUUGGCUAACAUUGGGCAAGAGAGUGCUAUGUAUUGCUGUAGCUUUCAGAAUUCUGAAUACAUGUGGUAACAUCAGUGCCUUACAUGCAUAAUAUCACACAAAAGAUAUACAACUUCACAGACAGACAGAUGGACAGACAGACAGACAGACAGACAGACAGAAUCAUGCUUGCAUGAUUGUGGUGAUAGUGUUUCAGCAUCAUGCACAAUGCAUGUUGCAGACACAAACAGCCACAGACAGACAUGCAGACAGACAGAUGGAAUGUAUGCAUAUACUGUGUACUCAAAUGCACACAAAGACACACGGAUGCCAAAGUGUAAUUGCAUGCCGGUCCUGUGCACUUGACAGUUACUAACAGAAAAGUAAACCAAACAAAAAAACAGCCCCAAACUCAUUUUAUUUGACGUAUUCUUCGCUACACAGUUGCAGUGUUUAGUUAAAAACUACCAGAUAAAAUGUGAUCAGUUGUUCUUCAAGGUGCCUUCAAAUACUGCGUUCAGUUUUUUUCUCCCUCCCAGACAUUCCAGAUUUGUAACUAACUGUAAUGCUUUCUGACGAUCAUAACAGCAUGUAUUAAAACAUGUAUUUUUAUGAU